AUGGAAGCGCCAACAAGGCCUACUGUCCUAUUGCCCGUCACAACGUUGGCAGUGACUUCAAAUGGAGAAAUUCCGCAUAUUCCAACGAGAGCCGCCUCGAUUGCUAGUAAAUCUUCAAGGAAGAAAAGGAAUCGGUAAGAAAUUUCAUAAAGAAGAACUGAAAAAAAUAGACUUCUGAGUUUUUUUGAUGGGUUUUUAGGGGAAUAAGGCAAGCAAAUCGUUAAGGUAGAAAACAAAUCGGUAAAAAUUUUACGAAAAAGUGGCUAAAAAUAUAAUUUUUCGAUUUUUUUAUGUGUUUUGAAGAAGCAGUGUUACUAACUCUCCAAAGAAUCGAUUAAAAUUUUACGAAAAACGGCUCGAAAAGUAGUUUUUCAAUGUUUUGAUGUGUUUAGUAAAGAACAUUCUUAAAAAAUUGUCAAAAUUUCACGAAAAACAGUAGAAAAAUCAUUUUUCCAAACUUUUUAUGUGUUUUCAAGGCAGUAAUGUCACCAUAAUUCCACGAAAAAGUGCUGAGAAAGCGGUUUUUGAUUUUAUUAAUGUUUUUUGAAAGGGAAAAUCUAGUUUUCUGAAAGGAGAAGUAGCAGAAAAAUAAGAUUUGCGAAAAAUUUUUUUCAACUUUUUUUGAAAAAUAUUAUUUUUAGAAAGAAACGAGCUCGCCAAUGGACGUAUUAUAUUGAUACGCUGAAAAGUGCGAUCGAUGGAUUGUAUGAAAUUUGCCGUUCUGAGCACAGUGUGGCCGGUUGUCGGGUGAUUUUUUGAUCUUGAAAAAUCAAUGUUUUUUCAAAUUUUUUUGAGAAAAUGUUUUAAUUUGGUUUUGAAAAGAGCUUUUUACAUAAUUUUUAAAGAGAUGAAUUUCAAUUGAAAGUAAUUUUCUCAAGGUUUAUCAUUUUUAGGAAGCUAUGCUUUACCUACAAAGCGCCAGCAACGAUUUCAAAUCCCUCAUCGAGAGUAUCAACGUCGAAGUCGAGUUCACCACGGCCAGCAAUGAAAAGUAGAUUCAUUUUGUCAGAAUUCAUCAAAAAGUUUCACUUAAGACGCCCCUCAGUCGCCUGGGAAAUACGAAAAUCCAUGUCUUCCCCGAGUCAUAUGGUGAUCAACGAGAAGCUCGUCAAUAAUAGCCCCCUUUUGCCGAUGUUAGUUUGAAAAGAACGGAGAAAAAGGGAUAGAAAAUAAGAAAAUGAUGCAUAAAAAUCGAAUUUUGUAAGAAAUAAUCGUUUACCUUGGAAAAAUCUCAAGAGAAACAAUUUUUCAGCAGAAAAAAUGGGUAUUUUGGGGCUAAACCAACGUGAUUUUUGAUAAUAAAUAAGAAAAAGGAGCGAAAAAUGCGAAUAAAAGAAUAAAAUAAUGUUCAAAGCUUGGAUUUUGAAGGAGAGAACUUUUUGGUUCAAAAAAUUAGUUUGAAAAAAAUUUUUCACUCAGAAGAAGUGCAUAUUUUUGAAACUAGGACUGUUUGAAACCCGAAAAAAUAACACUUUUCGAGCUUCUAUCAUAUAAAAAAUGACCAAAAAUUAUAUAAUCUCUGUUUUUUCGAUUUUGGCUUGAAAAAAAGAGGAAGAAAUCGAAAAGAAUGAAAAAAAUGGAUAUUUUCAGCUCUAGAACGGUUCAAAAGAGAAAUUUUUUCAAAAUUCGCAUUUUUUGAGCUUCUCCGAUCAGAAAAUGUGGACAAAAUAGAUCAAUUUUCAUUUGAUUGGUGUUUUCUGGAAAUAAAUUGAGUGUAUUGUGCUCUUCGCACGUUUUAAAAGCACACUAGGAAAAAAUCUAUCAUAAAUACAGCUUUUUUGCAUUUUUGCUCUUAUAAACCACCGGAAAAAGGGUGAAAUUUGAUCAACAUAGUAUUUUUUGCGAGAAAAAAGGAACACGUUGGCGCGGAAUGGGCUAUAUUCAUGUUUGAAGUUGCUGUUUCUUGUCCAAAUCCCGUUCCUUUUAAAGAUCCGUCCUGGCCGAAGCGGUCCGUAAUGCCAAUGUCUCCAAGGAAGACGCCUCGGAUCAGUCUUCUCCUGCCUAUUUGCCCAUCAAGGAUCUGAAUCCCAACAAUAUCUCCUACGCGAGAAUCACCGCCGCCGCCGUGGCUGUGGUCGCCGCCGCCGCCAAUGCUUCCGAACAGCAUCAUGGUCGGAAAGAAAGUUCCAAAACCAUGUUCAUCUUCGGUUUUCAGAAGACGGAUGGCAGGUGGUUCGAAGUCGCCGGAGGAAAAGCGCCAGUUCCACGACGGCCAGCGAAUUCGACCGCGAAAUGAGCUUGGAGAGCGAUUAUGUCCGUUUUAAAUCAGCCUAGAGCCGAUUCCGCGCCUGUUUUCUGAAAGCUACAGAACCCUUCCGCCCGAUGCGCGUGGACUAUUUAUGGCCAUGCGCAUUUAAUUUAGCCUACAAAUCCGGUUAUAUUAAAGGCACAAGUACGCAGACAGGCAGAGGGUCUCGAAGAAAGGGGUACUGUAGCUUGAAUCCUAAAAAAACCACUAUAAAAGGCGCAGGCGCAUCGACGGGAAGGGUACUGUAGCUUGAUUAGCCUAAUUAUUCAUUUUAUUAAAGGCGCAUGCAUAAAGAUAUGCCGCGCAAAAUCGAAGGGAAGCUUUCCGGAAAGGUUCUGUAACUCGAUUCAGCCCAAAAUUUUGGUUAUAAUAAAGGCGCAUGCACGGAGACGAUUUCUGAAGCUUGAUAUAUACUGAAAACUUCGGUUAUAUUAAAGGCGCAUACGUAGAGAUAUGCCGCGCAAAUCGAAGAGAAGCUUCCUGGAAGGGCUCUGUAGCUCGGAAAAAAGAAAAAUAGUGGAAAUGGGCUAUAUUUCAACCAAAAUGUUUUUUGAAAGAAUUUUUUUCCAGGCGCCCACGGUCCCAUUGAAUGUAUAUGAGAGACUAUCAUCUGGAAUCGGAUCGUCUUCAUGUCGCCGCGGAAAAUAUUCGGCCUCUUCCUCCAGGAACAUCCCUUCCCCGACUACGACUUCUUCUGCGAGAUUGACCUGUCCCAGGAGCGCCAUGGAUCUUCCGCAGACCAAGGCUGGUUUUCAUACGAUCCUUUUGAACAGGGCUCACUUUAUUCAUAUAAUAUGUAUUGUUUGAUCAUACCAAUAGGAAAGUUACCAACCAAACACCGGAAUAAAAAAAAAUUAGGCGAAUAGAAGUCAUGCUCGGACCUCGGUAACGAAAACCGGAAGUUGCUGAGAAAUUCUAGGGUUCACUCAAGAGUGCUGACGUUACUAAAGUGGUCACUAAAAGUUCACCCGACUCUUCCGAUUCGCGUCUGUUUUGAGUUACCAACGUCUCAGUGUGUAGAAAGUUGUGCGGUAGAGCGCACAAGCCAGAAUUGCUUGUGGGUUUACAGAUUUUCCGCCUUUCAAAACACAUAUAAACAACAAAGAAUAGUACACUAGCGGAAAAUAGGGGAAAUUGGGGGCCCUAGAAAAUUUUCAUCAAAAAAGGUGACGUUAUAGCAAGAAAAAAGGGUUAGAAGUCUUCAAAUAAAGGCUUGAAAUCACCGAUUUUUUUCGAAUAAUUUCUGUAAUUUUUUUGUAACAGAGAAAAAAAUACAGUUUUUCAAAGUUUUAUUGAAGUUUAUAAAAAAUUAAAGGUUUUUGCGAUUCGACUAUAUUUUUAAUCCAAUUUGCGAAAUAAAUAUUUGUGAGAUCAUCGUAAAAUCAAACGUAAUUAUCGAUUUCUGACGCCAAGUAGUUUUUUUAUGCAUUAAAAUUUCACGAGAGCUCAUUUAAAAAAAUAAAAAAAUUGAAAAAGAGAUCUCAAUCUCGCAGAUUGGCAAGUUCAGAACUCCACCCGCCCGGGAGAAGCGGUUGGCUUACAAAAAAAUGUUGGAAAAUCAAAAAAAUAUAAUCAAGUUUCAACUUCAGGAGAGUAGUUUCGGCCACAGAAGUUUAAGUUUUAGCCUCAGGGAUGUAUUAUAAGCUCUAAUUUAGGAAAACUUGGGAAGAGGGCUUGAAAAAUGGUCUGUCCAUCCAUUCUCAAUCUUUUUCCCGUUGAAUUUUUAAAAAAAUUAAAGUAUUUCAGGCCUCGAUGGCCAAAAUGGCCUACAGUCGUCAACUUUUAUGGGAGAAGAAUCAACACGCGCUGUACGAAAAGCUGAGGGCUCGACAGAAACGCGAAAAGGUUCCUUUCAAACUUUUUUUGGCGGGAAAAUAGUCAUUGGUGAGUUCCAGGUCGCUACCAACACUCAACAUCACCAAUCCUCGACCUCCCUGACAGUCGUGGCCACCACGGAGCCCGGAACCCACGUCUCCCGGGCCAGAUCCACCUGCGGGUUCACCUUCGCCGACCCCCUCGCCGUCCGGAAAAGCGUCGAGGCCUACACCCAACAGAAACGACAGCAGCAACACAAACAGAAGGCCGUCGCUGCCCCGGAAGCCGAGCACGCCCUGCAGUCGAUCAACGAGAACGACGAGCCGGCCACUUCGGCCGCCCCGCCCGAGGCCAAGGAGCUCAUGUCGACGAGCAUGACCAGCGACGAGGUCCCGGCCGAUCCCAAACCAAAGAGUCCCGAACCCCUCGAAGUCUUGGACCAGGAGAAGCGGUGAGGACCUUGACAGCUUUCGAAAAGUUUUAGCGAUAUCGCAAAAGUCCUGCUUAGUAGCUCGCAUAUAGGAUGAACUUCUCGAAGUCUUAGACCAGGAGAAGCGGUGAGGACCUUGACAGCUCUCGAAAAGUUUUCGCGAUAUCGCGAAAGUCUCGCCUGCUAUCUCGCAUUUUUCUUAGCGCGAUAUCGCAUUUUGGAAUUUUCUAAUUUUUUAAUGAGUGCGAGAGAAAUGCGAGAUCGCUCGCUCACAAGACGAAGAGUCCGGAACCCCUCUAGGUCUUGGACCAGGAGAAGCGGUGAAAACCUUGGCAGCUCUCGAAAAGUUUUCGCGAUAUCGCAAAAGUCCCGCAUGAUAGACCGAUGCGCAAAAAUGUCGCUUGCUAUCUCGCAUUUUUCUCAGCGCGAUCCCGCAUUAAGGAUGAAUUUCUGCGGGUCCUGGACCAGGAGAAGCGGUGAGGACCCUUAGAAGCUCUCGAAAAUUUUUCGCGAUAUCGCGAAAGUCCUGCUUGGUAGCUCGCAUUUUCCCCAGCGCGAUUCCGCGUUUAGGAUGAACUUCUGGAGGUCUUAGACCAGGAGAAGCAGUGAGGACCUUUGACAACUCUCAAAAAUUUUUGGCGAUAUCGCGAAAGUCCCGCCUGCUAUCUUGCAUUUUUCUCAGCGCGAUCCCGCAUUAAGGAUGCAUUUCUGGUGGUCUUGGACCAGGAGAAACGGUGAGGAACAAGAAAGCUCUCGAAAAGUUUCCGCGAUAUCGCGAAAGUCUCGGUAGCCGUGCCGGUCUUGCGUUUUUCUCGCUGCGAUCUAGCAUUAAGGGAAAUUUCAAAUGUUUUCUGUGUAGAUUACAAAAGCGAGGUUGCGUCAUAAAAAGUUCGAGACACGCGCGAAAAUAGUGCGACAUGUUUGCGAUAUCGUUGAAAGCCAGCGACACCGCAUUUUUCUCGCGCCGUACUAGACAGUUUUACAUUGUUCACUGCUAGCUUUUGUGAGAAAAAUUUUUCGCAAGGGGGUUUUUUGCUCACCUCUGCCAGCUGAAAUUAUGUCCCGAUCAGUUUAAUAAAAAUCGUUUUUCUUAACUUUCACUUUAAGCUCAUCACCAACCCCAACAAAAAGUUUGUGUUGAAGAAGUAAUUUUGCAGAAAAGAGCUUCCAAGCAGUUCGCAGUCGCUCCGAGCGCCGACCCCCGGAAGCACGUCUUCUAAUUUCGUCGAAGGCUCGACGACUUCUGCCCCAGCUGUACUCCUUCUGGAGACGUCGGCGGCGUUCGUGGAAGACGACGUCGUCUGGAGGGAAAUGACCGAGGAGGAGGAAUCGCUGGCUCUCGAGGAGAACAGCUUGAAGUUCGAGAUCGAGAAGGUCGGUCUUGGAAAAAGAUUUGAGGGACUUUUUCUGAAAAAUGAGGAAUUUUUCCGUAGAAAUAAUUUUUUUCUCGAUUUUUCAACUUUUUGCGAAAUUUCGAACGCCAGAGUAGCCACUAGAAAGGCAACUUGAGGGUAUUUUGGUUCUCAAAAGUGGCAACUUUAGGGGUUUUGAAUAAUGACCGCUCUAGGGGAGCUUAUACGCCUCAUUAUCACUUUUUUUAACUCAAAAAAGAAGGAGAAUUCGAAAAACCACUAAAGGGACCACUUGAGCUUUAGGUGCUUGGGAUUUGACCGUAAGCCCCUAUAGGGAGCACUUUUCAGUCCCCUAUAGGGGUUGUUUUUUCCCCCUAACCCCUAUAGUGACCACUCUGGGGCUUCUUUUUUUUUUUUUUAAACAGUACUGCUCAAGAAUACAAUUUUUUAAUUUGAGACUUAGUCAGAAGGAUAUGGAAACAGAAAUAUGAUUUACAAGGUUUAUCGGAAGAAUUUAUGUUUUGACUUCUUUUUGAUUCAUAUUUUUAACUAGUUUUUUGAUUUUUUUGAACUUUUUUUUUCGAACCUGCAUAUAUUAUCAUAGGAACCUUUUCAGGGUCCGUUAUGGGUGCAAAAGGUUUCCUUUUUACUGCCUUUUUCCACCCUUUCAUCGGCCUUUAUCCACCUUUUUUGGGCCCUUUCUGGACCAUUUUUGGACCCUUUUUGGAAACAAAAAGUUUUCAAUGUGAGAAUCUUUACCAGGGGCUGUGUAUGCACCAAAAUGUGCUACAGUAAGUAACAAAAUCGGAAAUUAUCAAUGGCCGAGUCUUUCAGCACCCCUUUUUAGACCCUUUUUUCACCCUUUUUGAGGCUUUUUAGCCCGCCAAGGAAGAAAGGCUCAAUAAAGGCCUCAAAACGGAACCCUUUCAGCACCCUUUUUGGACCCUUUUUUCACCCUUUUUGAGGCUUUUUAGCCCGCCAAGGAAGAAAGGCUCAAUAAAGGCCUCAAAACGGAACCCUUUCAGCACCCUUUUUGGACCCUUUUUUCACCCUUUUUGAGAUUUUUAGCCCGCCAAGAAAGAAAGGCUCGAUAAAGGCCGCAAAACGGAACCCUUUCAGCACCCUUUUUGGACCCUUUUUUCACCCUUUUUGAGAUUUUUAGCCCGCCAAGAAAGAAAGGCUCAAUAAAGGCCGCAAAACGAAACCCCUUUAGCGGCCAUUUUGCACCCGUUUUCCGUCUUUUGCAGUGUUACUAGUGUCCCAAAUUUCAGGCUGAAUCCCUUUCUUUCGACGUCGAACUGGAGAAACAAGUUUGCUCGGAAGCGGCCCAAUUGGAGAAGCUUCACCGUAGGGAGAAGGUUUUUUUUCAAUAUUUUUAAUAGUUCUGCUGGUUAGAAUGUUAUAGAAAAUCGAAAUUACAAUAAAAAUGAACCUUUCCAGCGCCGGAACGUGAAAAGGUCUCGAGAAACCGAAAAAGAGGCGCGAAAUCCCCGAGAAAUGCGCCAUUUCAUGCCGCCGCCAUCGGACGCCACCCCAUUGGAGUACGAGGGAUUUUACAAAGGCUUUUUCAAGGUUUUUUUAAAAUAUAUUUAUUUAGUUUAUAAUAAUGAUUAGAAAAGUGGAUAGGAUUCAGAAUUUUUUUAUAAAAAAAUUGGAAUAAUGUGUUUUUUUCGAAGUUAGGAAUGUGAGAGAGGUCCCUAUAGGGACACAGUAGGCGCUUUUGAAAACUCUCCUUUAGGGGCCACUUUACUAACCCCUGUAGGGGCUACUAGAGCUUGCAAAAGUGGUCCCUAUAUGAAUAUUUAAAAGCACAUACAUGGCCAAGAAGGAAGACAGAUUGAUAAGAUACAGAAAUUUGAGGUUAAGAACGCUAAAGUGGUCACUAUAGGGACAUCAUAGGUGUUUUUGAAUCUUUUAGGGACAGCUUUACUAACCCCUAUAGGAGUCACUAAAACAUGCUAAAGUGGUCCCUAUAUUAAAAAAAAAAUCCAUUUAUAAGGUUCGUAGUAGGCAUCAAUACUAGUAAGUCGGAAAAUUCGCUCAUUUUUGGUUCAUAUCACCCAAAAUUUAAUGAAAAAUAGAUCUUUUAAGGUUUUCAGAGCUUUUCGAAAGUUCAGAAAAAUUUUUUCGGAAAGAAAAAGGAAAAAGUUUGUUUCAGAAGAACUGCAAACGCUGGCGACGGUCGCCUGGUCGGAGCUGAUGAACCAGUCGGUCCCGAUGGGCCCUGUUCAUGAACCUGGAACCCUGGUCGAACGCCACGAGAAAAUGAGCAGCCCCAGUCGGAGGAAGUGGGUUUUGCGUGGUAGAAAGAGCUGUACAACUGAUCCUUGGGGUCAUGGUCGCAUUUGAAAUGGCUCAGAGCGCACAAUUUAGUCAAAAAUGUGGCCGAUACUUUUCCGAACCGGGAUUUUCCGAAUCGAAAACCGAACCGAUACUUUUCCGAAUCGUACUUUUCCGAAUCGGUUGUGUACUUUUCCGAACCCAAAUUUAUUAUGCUUUUCCGAAUCGUAAUUCAAUUAAUUCUUUAGGUGGUACCGUCAUUUUCAAUCCGAUUCCUUAUAAUUUUUUUCCCAGAGUGCAGCCUUCCGUCUGACCAUUUCCGAAACUCGAAUAGGAUUCAUUUUUCCUCGAGUGCUCUUUCAGAAACUUUUUUUCUUGGUUCUUUCGAUUUCAGAACGGACUGCGGCAUCGCCAAUGCCAACGGUCAGCUCUGAAGUUGACUGGCCCGUUCUCGUCUUAAAAAUUUGAACUUGGAAAACAAGAUUCGAAAUUUCGGUGUGCAGGAAGGACUUUAAAUCCGCGAGUGCUUUUUCAGAAACUUUUGGGCCAGUCAACUUCAGAGCGGACCGUUGGCAUUGGCUAUGCCACAGUCCGUUCUGAAAUCGAAAGAACCAAGAAAAAAAGUUUCUGAAAGAGCACUCGAGGAAAAAUGAAUCCUAUUCGAGUUUCGAAAAUGGUCAGACGGAAGGCUGCACUCUAGGAAAAAAAUUAUAAAGAAUCGGAUUGAAAAUGACGGUACCACCUAAAGAAUUAAUUGAAUUACGAUUCGGAAAAGCAUAAUAAAUUUGGGUUCGGAAAAGUAUACACCCGAUUCGGAAAAGUACGGUUCGGAAAAGUAUCGGUUCGGAUUUCGAUUCGGAAAAUCCCGGUUCGGAAAAGUAUCGGCCAAAAAUGUCAUGAAAUGAGAAUUUUCAUCGAAGGAAGUGUGUUUUGGGCGUAAUUUUAUGUGAAAAAUGAGCCGUAAACAGCGUUUUUUUGGGCUCUGGUCGCAUUUGGAAUGACUCAGAGCGCAGUUUUGAAUGGAGUUUAGUUGAAGAUAUUCAUUAGACAUGAGAAAAUGGGCAGCCCCAGCCAGAAGAAGGGUGUUUUGAGUAGAAAUUUGUAGAAAGUGAGUCGUAGAAGGCUUUUUUUGGGCUCUGAUCGCACUUGGAAUGGCUCAGAGCGCAGUUUUGAAUGGAGUUAAGUUGAAAAUAUCAUGACUGGGACCAUUAGACAUGAGAAAAUAAGAAGCUUCAGUCGCAGAAAGGGUGUUCUGCGUGUACUUUGAGUGAAAAAUGAGCCGGAAACAGCUUUUUUGAGGUCAUGGUCGCAUUUGGAAUGGCUCAGACAUCAGUUUGAAUCGAAAAACUCUCAAGUUAUAUUGAUUUUAGAAGAGUUUGACCUGAAAUAAUAUUACUAGGAUGGAUAUGAAUGCGAAAAUGAGCAGCCCCAGUCGUAGGAGGAAUGUUUCAGGAAGAAAUUUGUGAAAAAUGAGCCGGAUACAGAUCUUUUGGGCUCCGGUCGCACUUGGAAUGGCUCAAGGCGCAGUUUUCAAUGAAGUUUAGUUGAAAAUUUUCAUUAGGCACGAGAAAAUAAGAAUCUCCAGACGGAGGAAAUACGUUUCAGGUAGAAUUUUGGGAAAAAUGAGUUGUAGACAGCUUUUUUGGGCUCCGGACGCACUUGGAAUGGUUCAAAACGGCGCGGUUUAGAUUUGAAUCGAAACAUUCUCAAGUUUUAUUGAUUCUAGCAGAGUUUGACCUAAAAUAAUGUCACUAAGAUCAGUAGAAAUGAGAACAAGAGCAGCCCCAGUUGGAAGUAGGGUGUUUUGAGUAGAAAUUUAUGAAAAAUGAGCCGUUGACAGCUUUUUUUGAGCUCUGACCGCAUUUAGAAUGGCUCAAAACGCUGCGGUUUGAGCUUGAUUCGAAAUUCUCACGCGACUUGUAUUUUUCAUCCUUUCUGCGUCUCUCUAUAACCUCACCGGCGAGAUCAGAGAAACACGGAAAUAACAUGGAAACAUGAGAGAGCCGCCGAGAGAGAAAGAGGGCGCAGAGAAAUUUUCCGCACUUUCAAGUGAUGAAGAAUAGGCGAUAUGAAAUAACGUUACUUGGUGCGCCAUCGGAAAAUUGCGCACCUAUAGUCCGUUCAGAUUUUGAAUGUCAAGUGCAAUGACGUCAUUUGAAAACGCUCGUGGAUGGCUCGCUCUCUGACUGGUUUAUCGCGCAAUUAGGGGCGGAGCUUGAGCGAGGACUCGAAAUUUAAAAUCUGAACAGACUAUAGUCCGAGAAAGAGUGCUUUAAGUAGAUCACAUGUGGAAAAUGAGCCGUGUGCAGUUUUUUUGCCGCAUUUGGAAUGGCUUUGCAGUAGUUUGCUUGCGAAGCGGUCGCGAUGCGGUUUUGGCGCCAGUUCAGAAGGCAUCCUUUAGUGAAAAUUAUUUCGCAUCAUCACAGAUCCAAUAAAAAUAUCAAAAAAAAAACUUUUUCAAAAAGGCGUCAGUGUAUUUUAUCGAAUUUUUUAGGUGUGACAAAGACGACGACGAUUUCGGCAGGAGGCACGAGGAGAAGCUGAGAAGAGCUGAUGAGCUUCGAAGCCAAUUGCAGGAAGAAAGGGCGGCUCGAGUUAAAGAGCUCACUAAAAGGGUAAAUGAUUGCAGUAGUACAUUCAUCUUCUGGAGCUUUUUUUGCCCUGCGCCUUCAAAGUCUGUUGACAAAUUCCUUGCUGGAGUGCUUAAAGGAGCAUGGACUAAUUUCUAGCAGAUCUCCUGAAAGAGAACCUUUUACACAUUGAAGCCCUCUUUUUCUAAAACCUUCAAAAGUAUUUCUUCAAAAAACUUAUUUCCUGGAAUUUUAUCUUUUUUUGCCCCUGUGCCCUUAAAUUUCUGGACAAAGUGUUAAAGGAGCAUACACGAAAUUUUUAAAGGUCUCAGGACGAAAAGCUUUGGAUUUCGCAGGCGUAUGCUCCUUUAAAAGCCUCAGAAAAAAACUUUUGAAACAAACAUUGACGAAAUUUUGUAAGGGUCUCGAAGCGAAAAGCUUUUCCUAGUGUUAUUUUAGGUCUCGUAGUUUUAUGCUCUUCUAAAAAAAACUCCUAAACGAUCCAUAAAUAUUUUCGUGAUUGAACUUGAUUUUUUAGAGCUUUUUUGCCUCCCUGCGCCUUUAAAGUGUGUUGAGAAAUGCUCUCGGAGGUUCUUAAAGGAGCAUGGAAAAAAAUUUCGAAAAUUAUUAAGAUGAAUAUUUUUCUUUUGAACUAUCGCAAGACUCUUACGCCUUUAUAGAUCUCAGAGGUGUUGGAAAAUAAGGUGAAAAAAAGAUUGAAUUUAUUAUAAAUUUUUAAAUGAUUCUCUUUAAGGUCGAAGAAGUGCGCGCGAAGAAGUUGGCGAUCCAGGAGAAAAAGCGGAAAUUGCUGGAAGAACGUAUGCAAAGGGCGACGGAAAAUCGGGAAACCCAUUUGACGGAAAUCGUCCGCAAAGCCAAGGAUGACGAUCAGAAAGUGAUUUUUUUUCAGAAAAUUCGAAAAAAAUGAAUGACAGAAGAUAGAGCCGCUUGUAUAGUAUAUAAAAAUUGUCAUAGAAUGUCAAAAACUUUUUUUUUUCUUCAGUAUUAGAUGAACGCAAUUCUUUUUAGUUUUUACCUCAACUUGUAAGGAAUAUUUCACAUAUCUAAUCGAUAAUUUUUGUUAAAGAACUGAAUUUCAAUGAGCUUUUGAAGGAAUCUUAUCCUUACCCUAGAAAAUUGUUUUGAAAUUUUAAAAGAUGCUAAAAACUUUGUUGGGAAUCCUCACUAAGGCUCUUAAAGAAGCAAGAAGGUUUUUAUAAGGGUCUCGAGACGAAUAGCCAUUUACAGUGUUUCUUCUGGCUCAUGUAAAACUUCUGCAACCCCUGGAAAGAUUCUCGAAAAAUGAAUUUUUUCGCUUUUUUACUUCUUCAUAAUCUGUUAAAAACCUUUUUUUUUAUGAAUUGGAAAUUUAAAGGCUUUCAAGCAUAAAAUUGUGCCCCUAAGUUCAGAAUUUUCGGACCGUGGACUUUUUGAUAAUGGCUAAGGAAUGAAUUUUUAAUUGUACGAGGAAACAUUGAACUUUACUGGAAAUUUUUUUUGAAAAAAAAAAAAAACGGAAUUUUUUUUAAGGUACACGAAGUUUUGUUCAUCAACACCUUGCAAGGCGACGCCAAACGCCACGAAUUGAUGAUGAAAACUCGCUCCGACGACGCUUCUCAUGAGGUUUUCUCAUGGAAAUAACGAAAAAAGCAAUUUUUUGAAUAUUCAGGAGAAGAAGAAGCAGUUGGCCGACGAAAGGGCCCGAAAAAUGGAAGAAAAAGCGGCGAAAGAAGCGGCGGCAGUUGCGCGCCGACGAGAAGUCGCCAUGGUAGGAGGUUUUUGAGGGGGAGAAUCGGAGAAAUAAUUCUUGAAAAUUGUGUAGAAGAUGGCUUAAAAAUGGCUCAAAAUGGCUUCGAAAUAGGUUUUAAAUUCCUUAAAAAUUGCUCCGAAAUGACUUCAAACUUGGUUCAAAAUGACUUCAAAAUUGCUUCCAUACGGCUUCAUAAUGGCUUUAAAAUUGCUCCGAAAUGACUUCAAAAUUUAUUCAAAAUGGCUUCAAAAUUGCUUCGAAAUGACUUCAAAAUUGAUUCAAAAUGGCUUCAAAAUUGCUCCGAAAUGACUUGGAAAUUGUAAUUUUUUCAAAAUUAGUUCGAAAUUGCUUCAAAAUGACUUUGAAAUUGCUUAAAAAUGGCUUAGAAAUCGCCUUAAAAUGGCUUCGAAAUGGCUUCAAAAUCGCUUCGAAAUCGCUUCGAAAUGGCUACAAAAUGGCCUCAAAAUGGUUUCAAAAGUGCUUCAAAAUGGCUUCAAAAUGGCUUAAAAAAUCGCCUCAAAAUGGCUUUAAAAUAGCUUCAAAAUGGCUUAAAAAAUCGCCUCAAAAUGGCUUCAAAAUAGCUUCAAAAUGGCUUUAAAAAAAGCCUCAAAAUGGCUUUAAAAUUGGCUUCAAAAUGGCUCCGAAAUUGUUUCAAAAUUGCUUCCAAACGGCUUCAUAAUGGCUUCAAAAUGGCUUCAAAACUGCUUCAAAAUUGCUUAAAAAUUCCUUUAAAAUGGCUUCGAAAUUCCUAAAAAAUGGCUUAAAAAUCGCCUCAAAAUGGCUUUAAAAUCGCUUCAAAACAGCUUCAAAAUGGCUUCAAAAUGGCUCCGAAAUGGCUUCAAAAUUGCUUCAAAAUGGCCUCAAAAUGGCCUCAUAAUAGCUUCAGAGUUGCUUCAAAAUGGCUUUGAAAUGGCCUCAAAAUGGCUUCAAAAUUGCCUCAUAAUAGCUUCAGAGUUGCUUAAAAAUGGCCUCAAAAUGGCUUCAAAAUGGCUUCAAAAUUGCCUCAUAAUAGCUUCAGAGUUGCUUAAAAAUGAAUUCGAAAUUGCUUCAAAAUGGCCUCAAAAUGGCUUCAAAAUUGCUCCAAAAUUGCUUCAAAAUUGGCCCUUGUUGGAGCGAUUUGCCCGCUCUACGGGGAGAAAAUUUAUUUUUCUGGUUUUUUUUUCUCCUAUUUUCUCAAGCUAUUUAUAUGCUUCUAAUGAUGGAAAGCCUAAUUUUUCAGGCCCGAGAAAACCGACUGAAAAGUUUGGUGGUGGAAAAAGAGGCGAGGAUCUCCCAACGAGCCGCCGAACAGGAGGAAAAGAAGCGAAUCAAACGGGAAUCGACCAAAAAUGGACCCAAGGCUUCUGUGAUUCCGACGAACCCGAAUAUCGCUGAAACGACGGAGAAGUUCGACGAGAAAUGA